UGAAAGUGCGGCUUGAAAUAAGUCACAUUUUCCAAAUAUUUUACGCUAUAAAAACAAUAAGAGAACGAUGUAAUAAUGGGUUCGAAUUUCAAUUUAUUUGACCAUGAAUCCGAUGUUAAUUUGGUCGACAGAGAGGAUGUAAGCACUGCCGUGCCAGAAGGUGAAGCAGUAAAUAAAACCUUAGAAGACUUUAUUGUAGUGACAAAAAAAUCUCUCGGCGAUGAUGACAAAUUGCAUCUCUCAUGCCCCCCUCCUGCAGCUUACACCAGAGAACCUGGUUUCAUUCCAUUUCACAUACCACAUAGGAAGCUUUUGGAGAAGAUCGAACACAAAAGAGUUGAACCAGAACCCUUGACUGGUUUCCAAGAGCUUCAGAAUGAAAUUAUAAGGAAUAAAAGGAAACACAUAACUGUGGAAUUACCACAUACGACAAAGCGCGCAGACACUAGAGCUCCCAGAGCUAGCAUUAAAAUUGUGGAAGAAGAUUCUGAUACUACUAUUGCGAGUACAAAGAAGCCAAAAGAAGUGAUUCAGGUUGUAGAUCAAAAUGAAUGGAUAAAUAAAAUGCGAGUUGCUAAGGACGGUUCUUUCGUUUACAUGACCUACGCAGUACCCAAGUCGCACGAACUGUUCAAUCCCUAUGCUUUUAGUAUUGUGCCGUAUCAGAAGGUUGAUAAAACCAACUUUUUCACGAUGAGCGCCAGAGGUGUAAUGCAACACAUCGGCAACGAAGUGAUUUUUACCUCGUUGGAUAAAUGGGAGAAUGAGUACAAAAUGUACUGCCGGUUGAUGGACAUUCGCACGUUCUUCUAUUAUAGAAAGUGGAAGGCGUUCCACGUUUGGAGUAAGACCAUUCUGAGGCAGAAAAUUAAACAUUCUAAGAAACGUUUGGAAGAAACUAUGAUGCUGAUGGAUCCUAUUUUGAGACAGGCAUUGUUGAGCAUUCAAGGGAUGUGUUAUGUGAUGACUUUGACUACAUUCAGCGAUUGUACGCUGUACGAGGACAAUUGGUUGUUCUAUUUUAUAGAAAGCCAGUUUGAUAAGCUGCAAUUUGUUCGCAAUAAAAUUGAAGAUUAUCAUGAUGUGGCCAAGGAGAUCGUAUCAAACGCAUGUCAUAGAGCUUUAAUCUACAGAGGUUUUGUGGUCGAUGAAAGAAUCGUAGAAGAUCCUAAUGAUCGUGGACGAAAGAGACAACACAAAGUUUCAUACAUUGAGCAAGCGGCUAAGAAAAAGUUUUGUAGGCAUUUGACGAGAUUCAUCACUUUAGCUGAUUAUUUAACCAUUACAAUGCUGCAUCAACUAAUAACCGGAUCGAUCGAUUUGCUUCUGUAUUAUCUAAAAUGGCACACGGAGUUUAUACCACCUCAAGAAGAAUUGGAAGCAACUGAACCUUUGAUUAUGGAUAUUGAAAGACCAGCUGGUGCACCACAGGCUCCGUAUUUUAUUAAAUACAUAAGAGUGCUUCCCAACAAAAUUUUAUUAGAUCCAUCGUUAGAACUGACACUAAGUUUGCUCGCGAAAAUAUUUACGAUGUGGGAGCAAUGUGUAAAAGUUGUUCCUACUUUUGUCGGUGAUACAUACUACGCUGCUUUUACCACGCCGAUAAUUAAUGAGAAAGUUGAAGAUCGAAUUUGCGGUUGGGGUCCAAGCUUGCAGUUCUAUUUAGAGGGAGACCCGCAUUUGGCCAGUCUUAAAGAGGAAGUCAACAGCUACUUUAAACGUAAUUAUGACGCCGCUUUUACUUAUCUACACAGAUUUGACGGUAUCAGCCAAUUUUACGCCGAAGAUGUGUUGAUUACCACGGAGGACAUUCAAAAUGAACGAAGCCUCGAGAAAUUCAGAUACUUAUGUGGAAGAUACCACAGUGAAAUCAAUUUGAUUGAAAGCAUUUAUCCAUCCCAAUCGAUGGGAGUAAUACACAUCAACCUAAAAAAUUUCUCCGAAGUGUGCCUUCCGGAAGCAAAAAGAUUGCUCGAACUUCUAGAAACUGUAUUACCCUGGCUGGGCAAAACGAAAGUCGAAGAAUUAAUUAAAGAAAUCGAAGCCAUCGAGGAGUUUUUGCACCAGACCCCGACGACGACGACAGCGUACGUCAAGUAUCUACAAUUCGAAAUUAGGAGCGCCAUCAAGUUGGACGUGAUGGAGGACGAUUUGGAUUACUGCAAGGAAUUGUACGACAUAAUGGAGGAGUACGAAAUCACCAUACCCUUCGAGGACAUGCAGAACUACCUCGGUCUGAGCGUGGCGACGUCGAAUUUGAGGAAUUUCGUCGAGAAAAAAGUCGAAGAAGUGCCCAAAUUGAUUAAGCUAUUUAACGAUCAACUUAACAAAGAUAUCAGCUUGCUGAUCUCCGAAGUUGGAAGUAUAAAGGAUGAAUGUUCGAAUCCCUGGCUGUACGAUAUAAAUUCAGAUUUCGACGACGUAAUGGAAUUUUUGAAUGAUUUAUAUCAGCGACUACAAGCUUGUCAACGUCGCGCGAUGGAAUUCAAAGAUUACCAAAGAGAAUUCAAGAUGGAAAUGACGCGAUUCGAACUCAUGGAAGAGGUCCUAAACGACGUAAAACUUCGCAUUCUGCUGUGGGAAAGCGUGGAUUCCUGGGCGAAGACGAUCGAUGAAUGGUACCAUGUUCUAUUCAACACUUUAAACGUUGACGAUAUGAAUGUAUUUAUUGCAAAAAAUUUGAAAUACGUUACACAAUUGGAGAAAGGUUUACCGCCCAAUUUGAUCGUUCCCAAGUUUAAAGAUGACGUUGAACUAAUGAAAGAUAAAUUACCAGUUGUGUGUAAUUUGAGAAAUCCAAAUCUAAAAGCUCGCCAUUGGAUACAAAUCGAGUCACUAUUGAACCACAAGUUUAAACCCGAUGAUAUCGUUACUUUGGAAGUAUUGGAGCAACUGGGUGUGUUCAAUUAUCCCAAUGAAUUAAUGGAAAUAUCCUCGCAGGCUAGUAGCGAAGCGGGAUUGGAAAUUUUACUGAAAAAGGUGGAAGAAUUGUGGAAAGGCUUGGAAUUCCCCGUCAACAUGCACAAAGACCAGAAAGACGUAUUCGUUCUCGGUAACUUGGAAGAAGUGCAACUCGUUUUGGACGAGAGUCACAUCAACAUGACCACUAUAGCAAGUUCCAAACAUGUGGGACCUAUAAAACCACGAGUGGACGAAUGGGUUAAAAACCUCGAUAAAUUCUCGAAGACAAUGGACGAAUGGUGGAUGUGCCAACAAAGUUGGGUUUAUUUGGAAAUUAUAUUCUCCGCUCCGGACAUUCAAAGACAAUUACCUAACGAAUCCAAACUAUUCAUACUUGUAGAUAAAUCGUGGAAGGACAUAAUGAGAAGAACGCAAAAAAUGCCUUUGGCUAUGGAUUCCGGCCUCUACCCGGGAUUGUUGGAAGCUCUGCAGAGAAACAACAUGUUGUUGGAACAAAUCAUGAAAUGCUUGGAAUCUUACUUAGAAAUCAAGCGCGUCGCCUUCCCGAGAUUUUACUUUUUAUCAAACGACGAGCUGCUCGACAUUUUGGCGCAAACCAGAAACCCCCACGCCGUUCAGCCUCACCUGAGGAAAUGCUUUGACGCCAUUUCCAAGCUAGAAUUCGGCGUGAAAAUGCCAGACGAACCCAUCGAAGAAUCCAGCAGUAAGAAGAAGCACACGCAACCGGCCGAGCCAAUUUUGACCAACGACAUCAUCGCCAUGCUCAGUCCGGAAAACGAACGAGUCGUAUUAGGAAAAGGCUUAAAGGCCCGAGGAAACGUUGAAGACUGGUUGGGCAAAGUGGAGGAAAAUAUGAGGAUAUCGUUGAAAAGAUGUAUGAAAACAGCUCUGGCUCACUUCAUGGAAGCACCGAGGCCCCAAUGGGUGCUUUGUCACGCUAGCCAGAUUAUUCUAUCUGUAUCGCAAAUUAUGUGGGCGAAAGGCGUUCAUGCCAUAUUCGACGGGCCCGGCAGCGAUAAAGCGAAAGUCAGGAAAAUGGACGCUUACGAGCAAAAAAAUAUUCACGAGCUCAACGAACUGGCAGGCUUGGUCAGAUUGAGUUUGACUUCAGUGGAAAGAAAAGUCGUAAUAGCUCUCAUAACUAUAGACGUACAUGCCAGAGAUACCAUUCACAAUAUCGUGUUGAAUAAAACAACUAACAGCCAAAGUUUCGACUGGUUGAAAGUUCUAAGGUACUAUUGGGACGAGGGAAUCGACGACUGCAUUGCUCGAAUGUCAAGCGCUUGGUACAAUUACGGUUACGAGUACUUGGGAGCAUCCGGAGUACUGGUAAUUACGCCGUUAACUGACCGGUGUUACCUCUGUUUGAUGGGAGCUUUGCAAUUAGAUCUUGGCGGUGCUCCUGCCGGUCCAGCAGGGACGGGUAAAACAGAAACUACUAAGGAUAUGGCGAAGGCACUGGCUAUACAGUGCGUCGUAUUCAAUUGCUCAGAGGGAUUGGAUUACAAGAUGAUGGGGAGAUUCUUUUCCGGAUUGGCGCAGUCUGGAGCCUGGUGUUGUUUCGACGAAUUCAAUAGAAUCGAUAUUGAAGUGUUGUCCGUCAUAGCGCAACAACUUAUAACGAUUAGAAACGCUAAAAUAGCCAAACAAUCUAGGUUCAUGUUCGAAGGUCGAGAAAUCAAAUUAAUUCCAAGAUGUGCAGCUUUCAUCACAAUGAACCCUGGAUACGCAGGACGAACGGAAUUACCGGAUAACUUAAAGUCAUUAUUCAGACCCAUAUCGAUGAUGGUACCGGAUUACGGCCUGAUCGCAGAAGUAAUUUUGUAUUCCGAAGGAUUCGAAUCGUCGAAAACCCUUUCGAGAAAAAUGGUAAACAUGUACAAAUUGUGUAGCGAGCAACUCUCUCAGCAGGAUCAUUACGAUUUCGGGAUGAGAGCGGUGAAAAGUGUCUUGGUAAUGGCGGGAGCUUUGAAACGCGCGACUCCCGACAGAAACGAAGAUGUUGUGUUGAUUUGCGCUUUGCGGGAUAGUAAUUUGCCCAAAUUCUUAGCAGACGAUGCUAUAUUGUUUAAAGGUAUAUUAGGUGAUCUUUUCCCGGGCGUCGAGCUGCCCGUUCCCGACUACGGGCUGUUUCAAUCAACCAUAGUAGAGUGCAUGAAUGAAGCCAUUUUACAACCAGAAUUCUGCAUGAUCAACAAAGUAAUUCAGCUCUACGAAACCAUGAUAGUGCGUUGGGGAGUAAUGUUAGUGGGACCAACUGGAGGCGGAAAAUCCUCCAUACUCAACACGUUGAUGAGGACAUUGAUCAGAAUGUACGAAAUGGGGGUUUCCGGUGGCAUGUUUCGACCCGUCCGAACGUUCAUCAUGAACCCCAAAGCAGUAACGGCAGGUGAACUCUACGGAGAGGUUAAUCCCUUUACUUUCGAGUGGAGAGACGGCCUCAUGGGAAUAAUGAUGAGAGCCGCAGUAACAUGUACACUAGAGGAACAUCAGUGGAUUGUGUGCGAUGGACCCGUGGAUGCUGUAUGGAUAGAAAAUUUGAAUACAGUAUUAGACGACAACAAAAUGUUGUGUCUCGCCAAUUCAGAGAGAAUUAAAUUGACCGAAUGGGUCCAUAUGGUAUUUGAGGUUGAAGAUUUAUGCCAAGCAUCUCCUGCUACAGUAAGCAGAUGCGGAAUGGUGUAUGUAGAUCCUGGAGAAAUAGGAUGGUUACCGUUCGUUAAAUCAUGGAUAAGCAAAGUUAACGACUCAUUGUUGAGUGCAGAAAUGAAAGAAUUUCUCUUGGGUUUGUUUGAACUCUACAUCGAUAAAGCGUUGGUAUUUAUGAAGCGACACGGACAUUCUUCCAUUCAACAAGUUGAUAUCAGUAAAGUUAGUAUGGUGUGUUCGUUGAUUGAAAGUAUUCUAAGAAUGCCAGGUGCUAUGGAAAAAAUAGGAGAAAAGAGUAAAGUCCGCAAUUUCUUGUGUCAGACAUUCAUCAUGGGAUACAUGUGGGGCCUCGCGGGUAACUUAACGGACGUGAGUAGGGAGAAAUUCGAAGCGAAGGCUAGCGACCAGUUUGGAGAAAAUCCUGACGCAAAAGUACAAUCGGGUUUCGAUCUGUGGGAAAUAUACAUGGACAUAGGCGUGCACAAAUUACAACCGUGGCAAAAUAUCAUUCCUGUGUUCCAAUACGAUCCGCUAACUCCGUUCUUCGAAAUGUUGGUGCCGACUAUGGAUACCAUACGUUUUGGCUACGUUAUGGAAAGAUUGUUGUACAUCGACCACCCGGUGUUUUUAACCGGCGACACCGGCGUGGGGAAGUCCGUAGUGGCUAAAAACUGCUUAGAGAAACUUCUAUCGACAGGUUGCUUUGCCACGGCCAUUAUGAAUUUUUCAGCUCAGACGAGCAGUCCUAGAACGCAGGAAAUAAUCGAGUUGAAAUUGGAGAAAAAGAAAAAGACUUUACUGGGUGCUCCUGUCGGGAAGAAGAUGGUAGUUUUCGUCGAUGACGUGAACAUGCCUAAAUUAGAUACUUACGGGUCUCAACCGCCUAUUGAAUUGUUAAGACAAUUCUUGGAUUACGGCGGAUUGUACGACAGGGAAAAGCUGUUUUGGAAGCAAAUACAGGAUCUCAUUAUUGCGGUUGCGUGUGCUCCACCAGGCGGAGGAAGAAAUCCGUUAACGCGGCGAUUUGUUCGGCAUUUUGGAAUGUUGUUAAUUCCACCACCCAGUGAAAUGGCUCUAAAAGUUAUAUUUAAGUCAAUUUUGAGGGGAUUUCUGGCUGAUUUCAUUCCCGAGAUCAAAGCUAUUGCAGAUGCUAUGGUAAACGCAGCAGUGGAUAUUUACCAAAAAAUCGAAAGCGACUUAUUACCGACACCAGCGAAAUCGCAUUACGUAUUCAAUCUCAGAGAUCUUUCCAAAUGCAUCCAGGGCAUUACCCAAGCAGAUUCCGGCAUGUUUAGAGAUGUGCCUUCCAUGCACCGAUUGUUCUAUCACGAAUGCUUGAGGGUGUUCCAUGAUAGGCUUAUUAACGUUGAAGACAAAACCUAUUUCUUUUUGUUGAUGAAAGACAUAUGCUUGAGGAAUUUCAAUAAUGGAGUAUUAGAACUACCAGACCAACCCUUGAUUCACGAUCCGCCGAUGCUGCUGUUUGGAGAUUUCAUUAAUUCUCCUCCGGACGCUGAAGUGAAAUUUUACGAAGAAUGUAAUGAACUACCAAAAAUCAAACGAGUAUUGCAAGAAUAUCUGGAUGACUACAACUUGUCUACACCCAAGGAAAUGAAGCUCAUAUUCUUCAUGAUGGCCAUUGAGCAUUGUUUCCGCAUAGCAAGAAUAUUAAGAGCCGAACGAGGUAAUGCGUUUUUGGUUGGUGUUGGAGGAAUGGGAAAGCAAAGUUUAACUAGAUUGGCAUCGCACGUGACCGGUUAUACAUGCUUCCAAAUAGAACUAACACGAAACUAUGAUCACCAAUCGUUUUUCGAUGACCUGCGCAGGUUCUGUUCCCAUGCUGGCGUUAACUACCAAAACACUGUAUUCCUCUUUACGGACACUCAAAUUACCCAGGAGGAAUUUUUAGAAGACAUCAAUGGUCUUUUGAAUUCAGGUGAAGUGCCUAAUUUAUACGAAGCAGAAGAACAGCAGAAAGCUAUAAUUGGAUGCACGAAUGCUGCAAAAGAAGCUGGUUUAGACGAAACUAACAGGGACACCGUAUUUAAUUUCUUCAUUAGUAGAGUUAGAAGUAAACUGCAUUUGGUCAUUUGCAUGAGCCCCGUCGGUGAAGCUUUUAGACGACGUUGUCGCAUGUUUCCAUCGUUAGUAAAUUGUUGUACGAUAGAUUGGUUUGAAAAAUGGCCAAGGGAAGCUCUACUUUCCGUUGCGGAGACUGAAUUAGAAGACACAGUUGGAAGGAAAAAUGCUGAAAAAAUAGCGCUCAUUUGUGUUAUAAUGCAUGAGAGCGUUGAAACGACAACGGUAAGAUUUUACGUGGAAAUGAGAAGAUACUAUUACACUACCCCUAGCAGUUACUUGGAAUUGAUAAAACUGUACAAAAUUUUGAUGGAAUUGAAGCAAGAAAAUAUUGGUAAAACCAGGGACAGAAUUGCAAUGGGUCUAAACAAAUUAUUGGAAACAAACAACAUGAUCGAUGAUAUGAAAGAUACAUUGACCGCUUUGGGACCGGUAUUAGCCCAAAAAUCGAUAGAUUGUGAUGAACUCAUGGUAGUUUUGGACGUUGAAAAAGAAGCUGCUAAUAAAGUAGCCGUAGUCGUGAAAGCUGAUGAAGAAAUAGCAAGAAAAAUAGCAGCGGAAACACAAUCUAUAGCUGAUGAUGCCCAAAAGGAUUUAGAUUCCGCUCUGCCAGCAUUGCAAGCCGCCACGAAGGCGUUACAGUCUCUAAAUAAAAAAGACAUAGACGAAGUAAAAGUAUUUCAGAAACCCCCAUUAUUAGUAACAGUCGUGCUGGAAGCGGUGUGCUUGCUGUUGGGUAUAAAACCCGAUUGGGCCAAUGCGAAACAACUUCUAGCCGAUUCCAAUUUUCUGAAAAGAUUGCAAGAAUACGAUAAAAACCGCGUAACUGACAACUUGCUGAGAAAGUUGAAAGUCUAUGUGGACAAUCCGGAUUUUGUGCCGGAGAAGGUGGUAAAAGUAUCAAAAGCGUGCAAAAGUUUGUGCUUAUGGGUUCGAGCUAUAGACAAGUACGCAAAGACAUUCAGGCUCGUGGAACCAAAAAGGAAAAGAUUGAAGCAGGCGGAAGUUGAACUAGCUCAAGUAAUGGCAGUUUUGAAAGAGAAACAAGCGAAAUUGGCCGAAGUCGAAGGAAUGAUCGCGUCGCUGCAAAACCAAUUCGAUCAGACCAUCGCAGAGAAGGAAGCUCUGAUAAAUAACAUGGAGCUCACUGCUGCGCGAUUGAAUCGAGCCGGUAGACUCAAUAUCGCUCUUGCCGAUGAACAAAUCAGAUGGGAAGAGAGCGUUAAGAAAUUUGGUGUUCAAAUGGAUAAUUGUCUGGGCGAUGUUGCUAUGGCCGCAGCAAAUGUGGCUUAUUUGGGCGCUUUUACCAGCAACUACCGUUACGAGCUUACAUCUAUGUGGGAACAAAAAUGUAAAGCAUUUAAAAUCGCUUGUACAGACGGUUUUAGUUUAAUUAACGUGCUAGCAGACCCGUACGAUAUACGGAUGUGGAACGCUUGCGGCUUGCCCAGAGACAGCGUCUCCACAGAAAACGCCAUCCUAGUAACGAUGGGGAGCCGUUGGCCUCUGAUGAUCGAUCCCCAGGAACAGGCGAACCGAUGGAUUCGAACUAUGGAGAAACCGAACGAAUUGAAAAUCAUCAAAUUAACCGAUUCCAAUUUUAUGAGAGUGCUCGAAACCGCUGUACCGAUGGGGUGGCCGGUUUUACUGGAAGAAAUUGGCGAAACUCUAGACCCCACUUUGGGGCCCAUACUGUUGAAGCAAACCUUUCAACAUGCAGGAAGAACUUUGAUUAGAUUGGGCGAGAACGACGUUGAAUAUAAUAGCAAAUUUAAAUUUUACGUUACGACGAAAUUGUCUAAUCCUCAUUAUUUACCGGAAAUUUGCAUUCAAGUCACCAUUGUAAAUUUCACCGUCACCAAAUCUGGAUUAGAAGAUCAAUUGCUAGCUGAUGUAGUGAGACUUGAAAGGCCCGAUCUUGAACAGCUUAGAUCAGAACUCAUUGUUCGCAUAAACACAGACAAAGCGCAGCUGAAAGGGAUUGAAGACAAAAUUCUGUAUUUGCUGUAUCAUUCGGAAGGAAAUAUUUUAGAUGACGAAGAAUUGAUAGAAACUUUAAACGACAGUAAAGAAACCUCUGCGAUAAUCGAGGCACGUUUAAUCGAAUCUGAAGCUACGGAGGAGAAGAUUUCGAUAGCUAGAGAAAAAUAUAGGCCGGUUUCAGCUAGAGGUUCUGUGCUUUACUUUGUUGUAGCGCAAUUAGCUGACAUAGAUCCUAUGUAUCAGUUUUCCCUGAAAUAUUUCAAUCAAUUAUUUAACACCGUCAUAGAAAUUAGUGAAAAAAACGAGAACUUAGACAUUAGAUUGCAAAUUUUGAUUAAAGAAAUAACUGUGGCGGUUUACGUGAACGUUUCCAGAGGUCUUUUCGAAAGGCACAAGUUGAUUUAUAGCUUUAUGUUGUGCGUUUCAAUAUUGCAACAGAGCAAUGAAAUAUCAGACGGACAAUGGAAUUAUUUGCUUAGAGGACCCGUAGGGACGAAAGUUGGUCUUCCAAAAAAACCCGACAGCUCUGCUAUAACAGAAAUAGUUUGGCACGCUUCGAAUUAUUUGGCAUCGACUUACCCCCUUCGUUUCCAAGCACUUCCUUCGGAUUUAGAAACGCUAAUUACGAUUAAUAUAGGAGAUAUGGAAAUGCAACUGCAAUUGAAUGAAGCGUUCACUACACCGAGCACGGUGAACUGGGACGAUAUAUUAGAAGAUUUCGACAAACUUAUGUUGGUAAAAACCAUGCAAGAAGAGAAAUUGAUAUUUUGCAUAACUCAAUUCGUCAGAAUGAAGCUGGGACAAACGUUUAUCGAAAGCCCGAUGGUUUCGAUAAAAAUGCUCUAUCAAGAUACAUCCAACGCUAUUCCGUUAAUCUUUGUCCUAAGCACCGGUUCAGAUCCCACCGGAGCUUUCCUCAAGUUUGCCAGCGAUAUGGGAUUCCUGGAAAGGGUUCGGUCGAUUUCGCUAGGACAAGGGCAAGGUCCCAUUGCCGAAAAAUUGAUAGAGGACGCUCUCGAAACUGGUGACUGGAUACUUUUGCAGAAUUGCCACUUGGCCACGUCCUGGAUGAUAUCGUUGGAGAAGAUCGUGUUGAACAUUGCGAGGAUGAGCGCCAACAUCAACGAAUCAUUUAGAUUGUAUAUGAGUUCCAUGCCGUCUAAAGCUUUUCCCGUGUCUGUGCUUCAAAACUCCGUCAAAGUUACCAAUGAACCGCCCAAAGGACUAAGAGCCAACGUGAAGAGGGCUUUCGUGGAAAUGGAGAAGGACUACUUCGAAGAUAAUGUUUUGGGUCAAAAAUGGAAAACAAUGGUUUUCGGACUGUGUAUGUUCCACGCUGUAAUCCAGGAAAGAAAGAAAUUCGGGCCUUUAGGGUGGAAUAUAAUAUACGAAUUCAACGACAGCGAUAGAGACUUUGCGUUUAAUUCGCUUAAAAUGUUCUGCGCAGAAGGAAGAAUACCUUGGGAUGCUCUUGAAUAUCUCACAGGAAAGUCAACGCAACUUUUCUCUGAAAUAUAAUUAAUCGUGUUAUUCAAUUUUUAGGUGAAAUAACGUACGGCGGAAGAGUUACAGACCAUUGGGAUCUGAGAUGCUUAAAGACUAUUUUGAAAAUUUUCUUUUGCGAAAAAACGUUGAAUCCGAAUUACGUUUACUCGCCAUCGGGAAUUUACUAUUGCCCCGUUUUUACAACGAUUGAGGAAUACAGGGAGUUUUUGGACAAACUGCCCAUUAUUGAGGCUCCGGAAAUAUUCGGCAUGCACGAAAAUGCAAACAUUGCUUUUCAGAUCAAAGAGACUCAAACUAUAAUAAAAACUAUCAUGGAAAGUCAACCGAGGGCCGGAGGUGGCGAAACGGGGAGAUCUGCAGAUGAUAUUGUUUACGAACUAGCUGAACAAAUUAUUGAAACAGUUGCUACUGGUUUGUCUUUGGACAAUGUCAAUAUUUAUAUGUACCGGAAAGACAAAAAAGGAAGGCUACCCUCAUUGUCGACUGUGCUAAUUCAAGAAGUGGAUAGAUUUAACAAAUUACUGACGUUGGUGCACACUUCGUUAGGACAAUUGAAGAAAGCGAUAAAGGGGUUGGUUGUUAUGUCUGAUGCCUUGGAAAUGGUGUUCAAAGCAUUCAUGAACAACAUGGUGCCUGAUAUGUGGAAUAAAAUUGCUUAUAACUCGCUUAAAAGUCUCGGCAGUUGGACCAGAGAUUUGAUAUUAAGGAUCGAUUUUAUUUAUAUGUGGGUAAGAUACGGAAACCCUACGUCCUAUUGGAUAUCGGGAUUUUAUUUCCCGCAAGGAUUCUUAACGGGAGUUCUACAAACCCACGCAAGAAAAUACAACCUGCCCAUCGACGAACUAAAAUACGAUUUUAAAAUAUACAACCUCGUUAUUGAGCAGGAAUCCAUCAAAACUGCACACGAAGUAGCCGAUAAAGAGGAUUAUGAAGCUUAUGGUUUGUACGAAGUACCGUUAGACGGUGUAAUAGUACACGGAUUAUUCUUAGACGCAGCUAGGUGGGAUUUCAAUACUAGAUUACUGGCAGACGCCAGACCAGGCGAAAUAAAUCCAGCACUGCCGUGCUUGUGGUUUAGGCCAACAGUAUCAUUACCGGAGAAUGAUACUCGGUACGUUUGCCCUUUGUACAAGACGUCGAUUCGCGCGGGCAUACUCUCCACCACCGGCCACAGUACCAAUUUUGUAGUUGCGGUAUUAAUUCCAUCUAAAUUUCCGCAAAGUUUUUGGAUUUUGAAGGGGACCGCUUUGUUGACUCAAAUUUCUGAUUAGUUUUUUUGGAUCUUAAUAAGCGCAAUUCCUUAUUUCUUUUUAUCUGUUUUAUUGUGCGUUUUUUUGUAAUAUAUUUACAUUUUUUUU